AUAAAUAAAGCCCUGUCGCCCGCUACAACAAGCUCUUCGAAGAGAAGCCAUAGCCAUGGCGAAGCCUCGCAAGCCGAAGACCGACGACAACACGAAGCCCGAGAAUUCCAAUUCUCGAGCCGUGGUUCGUCACCAAAAGCUCUGCCUUUCUAUCGAUAUCGACAAGCGACGGAUUUACGGUUACACCGAGUUGGAAAUUGCUGUUCCGGAUAUUGGGAUUGUUGGGUUACAUGCUGAAAAUUUAGUGAUCGAGAGUGUGUCUGUUGAUGGAGAGCCUACUGAAUUUGAAUUUUACCCACAUCAUCAACAUACUGAAAGUGAGAAAAGAUGGAGCUCGGUCUUAUCGGCUAGUUCAGCUGCUGACGUUGCAAGUUCGAUGUAUGUUUCAGCUCUUGAGAGAGAAUUGGUUCCAAACUUACUGAUCAUGUGUUGUAAACCUGAAAAGUCAGCCAGUGAACAGCAAGGUCAACAGAGUUUGGAGAAUGGGUUGCAUUCCUCUGGUGAACCCAAGCAGAAUGUGAAAUUGGUUCGUGUUGACUAUUGGGUGGAGAGGGCAGAGACAGGGAUUCAUUUUGAGGAUAAUGUGCUACACACUGAUAACCAGAUUAGGCGUGCACGCUGUUGGUUCCCUUGUAUGGAUGAUACUUCACAGUGUUGCUGCUAUGAUCUGGAAUUUACAGUGGCCCAUAAUCUUGUGGCUGUCAGCACUGGAAGCUUACUUUAUCAGGUGUUAAGCAAAGAUGACCCUCCUAGAAAAACAUAUGUCUAUAAGUUAAAUGUUCCAGUUACUGCAAGGUGGAUACAAUUGGCAGUUGCACCCUUUGAAGUACUUCCUGACCGCCAUAGUGGUCUUCUUUCAUACCUGUGUUUGCCAGCUAAUUUACCCAAGCUUUGGAAUACUGUGGGUUUCUUCCAUAGUGCAUUUAGCCAUUAUGAGGAUUAUCUUUCUGCAUCAUUUCCAUUUGGGUCAUACAAGCAAGUCUUUAUUGCUCCUGAAAUGGCAAUAUCCUCAUUGACAUUGGGAGCCUCCAUGAGCAUCUUUAGUUCUCAAAUUCUAUUUGAUGAGAAGGUUAUUGAUCAGCAGACUAUAGAUACGAGGAUUAAACUUGCUUAUGCCCUUGCAAGGCAAUGGUUUGGAGUAUUUAUCAGUCCUGAGGCACCAAAUGAUGAGUGGUUGUUGGAUGGUCUUGCUGGUUUUCUGACUGAUUCAUUUGUUAAGCGAUUUCUGGGAAAUAAUGAGGCACGCUACCGGAGAUACAAGGCAAAUUGUGCUGUUUGCAAAGCAGAUGAUAGUGGCGCAACUGCUUUGAGCUCUUCUGCUUCUUGUAAGGAUUUAUAUGGAACCCAGUGCAUUGGCUUAUAUGGAAAAAUAAGAUCAUGGAAGUCUGUUGCAAUCCUUCAAAUGUUGGAAAAACAGAUGGGCCCCGAGUCCUUCCGUAAGAUUUUGCAGACUAUAGUUUUUCGGGCUCAAGAUACAACUCGUUCUUUGAGAACUCUUAGUACGAAGGAGUUCCGACAUUUUGCCAAUAAGGUUGGAAAUCUUGAGCGCCCAUUUCUUAAAGAAUUUUUUCCUCGCUGGGUAGGAUCUUGUGGGUGUCCUGUACUAAGGGCGGGUUUAUCCUAUAACAAGCGAAAAAAUUUGGUUGAACUGGCGGUAUUACGGGGAUGCACUGCCGCACCAGAUACAAAUACAAUGGUUCUUAAUGGCAAUAUUGAUUCUGAAAAUCGAGAAGUUGAUAUUGGAUGGCCAGGAAUGAUGAGCAUCAGGGUUCAUGAGCUUGAUGGUAUGUAUGACCAUCCAAUUUUGCCAAUGGCUGGAGAAACUUGGCAACUUCUUGAAAUUCAGUGCCAUUCAAAACUUGCUGCUAGACGCUUCCAGAAGCCUAAAAAGGGGUCAAAACCUGAUGGCUCCGAUGAUAAUGGUGAUGUACCUGCUGUGGAUAUGCGCUCCAACACUGAAUCCCCUUUGUUAUGGCUUAGGGUAGACCCUGAACUGGAGUAUCUUGCUGAAAUUCAUUUUAAUCAACCUGCACAGAUGUGGAUUAAUCAAUUAGAGAGGGACAAGGAUGUUGUUGCUCAGGCACAAGCAAUUGCAACACUGGAGGCAUUGCCUCAGCUUUCAUUUUCUGUUGUUAAUGCUCUGAAUAAUUUCCUCAGCGAUUCGAAGGCCUUUUGGAGAGUCCGAAUUGAGGCAGCAUUUGCAUUGGCUAAUACAGCAUCCGAGGAAACUGAUUGGGCUGGUUUACUACAUCUGGUUAAAUUUUAUAAAAGUCGGAGAUUCGAUGCAAACAUUGGACUCCCCAAGCCAAAUGACUUUCAUGACUUUCCUGAGUAUUUUGUUCUUGAGGCCAUUCCGCAUGCAAUAGCUAUGGUUAGAGCCGCAGAUAAGAAAAGCCCAAGAGAAGCUGUUGAGUUUGUUUUACAACUUCUGAAGUAUAACGAUAAUAAUGGGAAUCCUUACUCUGAUGUAUUCUGGCUUGCUGCACUAGUGCAGUCAGUUGGGGAACUUGAAUUUGGGCAACAGAGUAUUCUCUUUUUAUCAUCUCUUCUCAAGCGCAUCGAUCGGCUUUUGCAAUUUGACAGGCUGAUGCCAAGUUACAAUGGGAUAUUGACAAUCAGCUGCAUCCGAACCUUGACACAGAUUGGGUUGAAGCUUUCUGGAUUUAUCCCUCUUGAUCGUGUCAUUGAACUUGUUAAACCAUUUCGGGACUUCCAGGCAAUAUGGCAAGUCCGAAUUGAAGCAAGCAGAGCACUCCUAGGUCUAGAAUUCCAUUUCAAGGGCAUUGAUGCAGCAUUAUCCUUAUUCAUUAAAUAUGUAGAGGAAGAACCAUCCAUAAGAGGACAAGUAAAGCUCGGAGUGCAUGCCAUGCGGUUAUGUCAGAUAAAAGGUGGAUCUGAAUCUGACAAUGACAUAAAGAGUUCAACUCUUGUGGCAUUGCUUCGUCUACUUGAAAGCCGUAUAGCAUUCAACAAUGUCUUCCUUCGGCACCACUUGUUCUGCAUUUUACGAAUCCUUGCUGGAAGGCUCCCAACACUUUAUGGAGUUCCAAGAGAUCAAAUCCUGCAAAUGGACCUGGCAGAGAUCUGUAGUGAACAGAAGAAUGGUUUUGUCACUAUCGUUAAGGAGACUAAGUCCCUGGAGCCUCCCGUGGACACCCCAAAUGUCUCUCAUGAUGGUUUGGCCCUUCCAGAAGCUUCUAGGGAAGCUGAUACUGUUUCCAACAGCCAUGAACGGAAAAUGCCAGUAGUCAAGAUCAGGGUUAGACAAUCUGCUGCAUCCAGUAGAGCAGAGGAGGCUGAUAAUCCAACUGUUGAUAAAUCUCAAGGUGGCCAUAAUGAAACAGAUCGUGGUGGCAGCAGUUCCAUAUCCGUCGAUGCACCACAAAGGAAUUUCACUGAAGCUGUGAGCAUCAGCAAUCAAAAUCUUGAGGAAGUCAACUCAUGUCAUGAUCGCGGCUCUCGGAUGACUGCUAGCAUUGGCAGUGCCAAACUAGCAAGUGAUGGUGAUGAAGUGGGAAAGGAGCUCCAGUGCACUGCUGAUUCAGGCAAAAUCUCAGUGCUCCCCCAGUCAGACGAGGGUCCAUUGUUCAGUGGCAUCCAAGACAUCCAAGGAGGCAGCAUCCAAGACAACAUUGUAGAUGUCGAUGCACAAAUAUGCGAGUCUUCAAACCCUCUCAGUCAUGAGACAUGAAGUUGAAGGUGGUACGGUGGCAGCAGUAAAACCUCAGUCGCAUGGGAAAGCAAAAGAGAAGAAGGAGAAAGAGAAAAAAAGGAAGCGGGAAGAUCCAGAGUAUCUGGAACGGAAGCGGUUGAAAAAGGAGAAGAAACAUAAGGAAAAAGAGAUGGCUCAACUACUGAGUGGUGAGGCAAAGCAGAAGGAAAAGGAGAUGUCAGAGCUGCUGAGCGGUGAGGCAAAGCGAAAGGAAAAGGAGAUGACAGAGCUGCUGAGUGGUGAUGCAAAGGCAUCAUCAGUCGAGCUUGGGGUUAAGAAAGUUGAAUCUGGAAUUAAGUUGGCAACUGUACAAUAUAAAGCGAGCGAAUCCAGUGUAUCGAAAAUAGUGACGACGAAGGUGGAGGCAUCAGAAGGUAGUUCUGCUCCAAAAUUUCGAAUUAAAAUUAAAAAUCGAUCAAAGUGAAUGAGUUCUUCCUUUUCCUUUGGAGUAGUUGUUUUCCUGUUUGUUCAUCUCCGGCAAUGUGUAGACGUAGAGCUCUACAGUGAGAGUGCUUGUGUUGACACUGAAGUUAUCAAUGGAAAUGCCAUUUUCUUA